AAGAGAUAAUUCAGGAUAUCAAGAACAGACGCAUAUAAGUGUCGUACCACACAAUACACAUUGUUUACAUCAAGCCAUCAAAGAAGCGGCGAAGACAAAGGAAAUAGAAGAUGAAAUCGGUUCUGGCGAUGUUUAUUGUGGUUUUAGCAGUUCAAUCUGCUGAAAUCAGAAGCGGUGCCAGGUCUGAUCUCAACAUUGGCUCUGUGAGGCCAUACGAUCGAUUGUUGCAGAGGAGUCAAAUUUAUCAGCCAGCUCGUCCGAAUGCGAUUCAAUAUCAGGACUACGUGUUCCGAGGCGGUUACUCCACCAGGAUCUCAGGGGUUUACGUCAACGAGGUUGGUUAUACUCAGUACGCCAACGCCUGGAUACUGAGGGGAGGGAUCGGAUACAAUAACGUGACUGUUAGAAUACAAUCCGCUAGAGGAAGCGGAUAUUACUAUCAGAUAGACGUGUGGGGACGGUAGAUUGAGAAGUAAGGUUUAAUAUUUAUGGUGUUGUCUGUGAUUUAAAUUAAGAUUUUUUUUUUGGUUCUGGCAAUUUGAAAUAAUAUUUUUUUUUGUGAAUUUUCUGAUUAUAUUAUGUUCAAG